UAGAAGAAUGUGGGCGUGAUAGACAAGUGGUAGGAGUGAUAUGCAAAGCCACAGGCCAAGCCCAUUCAGUUGUUAUGUAUUUCAUUAUUUUUCAUUUCAGUCUAUUUGUUUAUGCUGAUAAUGUCGCAUCGAAGAGCGCUAACCGAGAAUGAGCUUCGCGAGCUCGCGAACGCAUCAGAGAGUGAUGAAUCUAUAUCAGAAACAGAAAACCACACAAGUAGUGAGAGUGAGGAAGAUAGUAGUGAUGAUUCUGUUAUUCCAUUAUACGUACAACAUCCUGUAGAACCUUCUGUAGCAGUUCCUUCCAAAGAUGGUAAUAUACAGUGGUCGCUCGAUCCGCCUAAUCAAGGCGGUCGGUUUUCUGCAUCCAAUGUUAUAAAUAAUACUCCAGGAGUUACAAGGUACGCAUGUGCACGAAUUUUCGAUAUUCAAAAUUCAUUUGACGUGCUCUUUUCUGACAUAGUUGCAAACCAAAUUAUUAGUAUGACCAACUUGGAAGGACAACGCGUUUUUGGAACCGACUGGAAAGACUUGGAUAAAAUUGUUUUUCAAGCAUACCUUGGUCUUUUGUUGUUAGCUGGAGUUUUUAAGUCCCAUGGUGAAUCAACGAAAAGUUUGUGGAAUGAAGAAACGGGUCGUAGUAUAUUUCGAGCAACAAUGUCCCUAGAAGUAUUUACAAAAAUUUCACAGGUAAUACGUUUUGAUAAUAAGGCUACUAGACAGGAUAGGAGACGUUGUGAUAAACUAGCUGCAAUACGUGAAAUUUGGGAAAAAUGGGUAGAAAAUCUACCAAAAUUUUUUAAUCCUGAUGAAAAUGUUACCAUCGACGAGCAAUUAGUUGCUUUUAGAGGCCGCUGUCCCUUCAAACAGUACAUUCCAAGCAAGCCAGCGAAAUAUGGCAUCAAAAUUUGGGUUUUAUGUGACAGUAACACUUCUUAUGCUAUAAAAUUGCAGAUAUACACAGGAAAGGAAGCAGGUGCUGCGCCAGAACGAAAUCAGGGAAUGCGUGUGGUGUGCGACUUGAGCAGUGAUUUGAAGGGCCAAAAUAUUACUUGUGAUAACUUUUUUACAUCUUACAAUUUAGGACAGUUUCUUCUAAAAAGAAAAAUUACAAUGCUGGGUACCAUAAGAAAAAAUAAACCAGAGCUUCCAACACAAAUCGUGAAUAAAGAAGUUCAUAGUUCGUCGUUUUACUUCACGCAAGAUACCACUGUUGUCAACUAUAUUCCUAAAAAGAACAAAAAUGUUGUUCUUAUGAGUACUUUGCAUCGUGGAAAGGCUAUUAGUGACAGAAAUGACAAAAAGCCCCAAAUUAUUUUAGAUUAUAAUUCGACUAAAGGAGCUGUGGAUACUCUAGAUCAGCUUGUUGGUACAUACACAUGUAAGAGGAAGACAAAUCGCUGGCCUAUGAUUGUCUUUUAUAAUAUGCUGGACAUUUCUGCCUACAAUGCGUUCAUUUUAUGGACAUCAAUAAAUCCUCAAUGGAAUACAAAUAAACUGACAAAACGGCGAAUUUUUCUUGAGGAAUUGGGAAAAACACUGGUGAAACCACUUAUCCUUUCUAGGAAAAAUUUACCAAGAACUAGAGACUCACAAGAAUUGGUAAAAAGGACAAGGGCAGAAACGAGUAGACAAGAUGGAAAUUCUAGUGAACCGUCUAUAGACAAUCCCACUACGCCUGCUAAACGAGCACGGUGUAAAUUUUGCUCUAAAAGUGAUAACAAGACUAAUAUUUUAUGUUUUAUAUGUCACAAACAUAUUUGUAAAAACCAUUCUUUUUAUUACUGUCCCAGUUGUAAACUAAACUAAAUUUUGUAAAUAUUAUUAUUAGCAGGCUUUUCUGGUUAAUGAAAGAAAAAAACAUCGUUUUAUUUUUGUCAAUAAAGUUUA